AUGGGCACAGCAGACAAACGGACGUGGCAAAGGGAGCCAUUCACAGACAGACACCCUGUCAUUUUCUACUACUCCUGCUGCAGCCCUGUGAUAUGUUUGUGUGCAGCUACCUUACAACAAUCUCCUGGACUGACGAGACCCCAGGGAGAUGAUUGGCAGCUGCAGCUAAGACUUGACACAACUCAGGAGGCUCACAGUGAGGAUUAUAGUAACACCAGGUCUGUCCUCAUAGUGGAGGGCUUCACCGAUAAAGCUAGUCCGGCUGGAUGCAUCACACACCGCGCCUGGCAGCCACCUGCCAGGUGUUCACCUGCAAUAAACCAACACCAGCUACUUUCCCAUCUACCUCCUGGACCUAUGGGUGGAUUAAACCCUCACAGUAAAUAUUUAAGUAAUGGGCCAAUGCGAGGGAGUGAAAGACUUGAGCUCCCACAGGCAAUGUUACCAGGAAUGCAGAGGGAGCAGCAGAGACCUCACCAUCUUCACCCCCCCCCUCCUCACAGAGCAUGGGAGCAGCUCAGCCACCUGUACGAAUCUCAUCUUCCCACUCAAGGACAUCCAGUUUUGUCUUUGCCCAAUGAGCACUCCCUGCGUCUCCAUAAUGGAGGCUAUGCCAGCAGCAGUGGACCUCCCCCUAACCCACAUCUUCUUCCUGGCAGACCAAACUCCCUGCUGAAGUUUGGGGGUCCUCAGGAGCUGCACGAUCCCCGGGGAACGCCAUUGCUGGGGGAUGAAAUGUGGGCUCAGGUGCACCAGCAGAGGACUUACCCGGGGAAGAUGCUUGGAGGUCAGUUGAAAAGACCAGGCCCUCCACUGGGAGAGCACUCUGUGAUUCAGCACACGCCUCCGCCGUCACUGCACAUGCCCCCCCGGCCUGCCGCUGAGGACUGCCCAAGCCCCAGCAAGAGGAAAAAGAGUUCAGAUCAGGUAUCCCACCCCGUGCAGCAGUGUUUCUCUGGUACUGGCCAGGCUGUGCAGCCCCUGCAGCAUUCAUCAGUUCACCACCUUCCCCCAAGACCCAAUUUCUGGAACCCCAUUCACAAGGACAACGGCGUUCCCUGGCAGCCCCAGACCUCCAACCGGAAAACCCUGCAGUCGCAAGAGUUUCAGGAUAACAGCAAACAUGGGAUGGGUAGCUACACCCCAAAGUCAUCCUCUGCUUCCCCCAGUCCUUCUAAUCACUCUCAAUCACCGACCUCUUCUCCCGAAGGCAACAAACCCAGAUGUGCCCCUCAGCUACAGAGAGAUGUGUUGCAGCAUCUGGCUAUGAACCAUCACUCCCCUCACUCUUCUUACCCAAGUCCCAGCUCCAAAGUGGAGUAUGCUCCACCCUGCCAGGACACAGAGCCUCGUGCUCUUCACAACCAGAGGGGUGCUCUUAGUCGGGGCCAGGGUGGCAACCUGGCUGCCUCUCACGCAGGUCCAACGCCAACCAGGGGAGACGGUCGUGUAAAAGCCCAGACUUCACCAGCAAACGCUUCUGCAACCAGCAACAUGAACAACAGCAGCAGCAGUGUGCCUUACAGCCACUUCAAGCCUCAUCCAGGGCUGGGGCACCAGGGUCGUCAUCAUCCCCCUACCAGCAGCACAUCAAUACCUCAGCAACAGCAGAGUGGUUCCCACGAGGCCUGGAGACACCAGAGCAGGCCUGGUGCUCACUCCCUGAACUCUGGCAUCUACAGACCUCCCGGUCUGCUACCUCAGAGCCAGCCCAGCCACAAUCAGGUCAUAGACAGUCGGCUCUCAGGACCCUCCAAGCACCAUCACCACGUCAGCCCUCCUCCGCCCUCCAAUUCCACUCGAACACCUGUCAUUACAUCCAACCCUCCCAUAUCUCAAUCGUUUUGCACUGCUGGCCGCUACAGUAACAGCAACAAUUCAAAUGGUGCUCCCAUUGCUGGUGUCUCCAAGGUGACCACAUCCCCCUCUGCUGGCUACUCCACGAACAACAGCAAAAGUAACAACGAUUGGCAAAGGGUAAUGGAGCAUGUGUCCCAGAACUCCACCAGCGCUGUCUCUACCCCCAAACCUCAGAUGGAUGCUCUGCUUAGGACAGGUUGUCAGAGAGAACAAGCCCCCCCUGUCAGCCGGUUGCAACAAGCGGAGCUUCACAGACCUCAACACCAGGGAUCCAUAAAGUCCCAGCCCAUGAAGGGCAAGAUGUCAUACUAUCCUCAGGCUGACAUGGAGCAACCGCGUCCUCCAUUUCCAUCAUCAUCUGUGUUCUCCUCAGGGCAUCAGAGGACAGGGGAUAGUGUAAUUACAAGCAGAGUCUCAAAUCCCAUUUCCAGCUCUCCUACAUACUGCUCGGCUUCCCUUUCUUCGGUCAGCUCUGCUCCACAAACAUCUGUUCAGGCCCACUCCUCCAGACUGGGUCAUCAGCCAGCGACUGCCUCAACACCGAUGUAUUGUAAACCUCACACUCGGCCACAAGCUCCAACCUCUGCUCCUCAGUCCAUUGAAGAAGCUCUUGACAAGCUUGAUGCAGAGCUGGAGGGACACAUGCAAGCUGAGGAGAAGAGAAAGAGGGACAGAGAAGAGCAAGAGAGAAAAAUACAACAAGAGCAAAGAGAGAAGAGAGAGCUGGAAAUGAGGAGAGAGCAGGAGAAAAAAGAUGAAGCAAGGAAAAGAAAAGAAAUGGAAAGGCAAGAGCAGGAGAGGAAACAAAGAGAAUGGGAAAGGCAUGAACAGGAGAAGAAGAGAAAAGAAAUGGAGAGAUUGGAGAAGGAGAGAAAAAAGCGAGAAUGGGAGAGACAGGAGGAAGAGAGGAAAAAAAUUGAAUCGGAGGAAAAAGAGCAGGAGAGGAAGAGACUAGAGUGGGAGAGGCAAGAGGAGGAAAGAAAGAGAAAGGAAGCAGAGAGGAAGGAGAGGAAGAGGAGAGAACUGGAGAGGGAGGAGGAGGAGAAGAAGAAACUCAUCGAGUUUGAGAGGAAAGAGGUGGAAAAGAGGAUGGAGCGAAUGAGAGAUGACAAACUGCACAGCGAAAAAGGAAAAGAACAGACCGCAAUUGAAAAUCUGGAAAGGCUGUUCUCCGGAAACGGCUCUGCGGCCCCCCCUCCGCCACCCCUCUCCUCUGUUCCUGCGCCCUUUAGUGCUCCACCAUCCUCCAGCUCUCAGACGUCCCCUCCUUUCCCCUGGCUUAGCCGCGGCGGUGUGCACCCUGCUUCUGCCAGUCAGUUGCCCACCAUUAGCACUCCGGUAGAGAGGCUGCGCCCGCCUCCUCUCACGCCACAAACCGAGUACGCCAGAGAAAAGCAGAGGCAGAGAGAGAUGUGGGGCAGCAGUGGCGGAUUGACAUUCAACAACCCAUCAACACACAAUACCUCAGGGAUGAACCAGCCGGUAUACCCCAGGAAACCCCCGGCCAUGCAAGCAGCACCCAGCCAAUCCAAAGACAGCCAACACGCGCACCCCACUUUGGCACUUCGAGAACCCCCCAAACUCUAUCAGGCUUUUUCUAAAGAUACCCUCGCGUCACAACCUUUGGCCUCCGGCUCCACCAGGGCCCCCCACGACAAGCGGGCAGCAGACGGCAGUUUGGGACACGCCAGCAGUGACUCCGACAGUGCUCAGUUUGAGGAGGAGGCCUCUGACUUAUCCACAAUGCUCCCUGACGGGCUGGCUAACAUUAUGGCAAUGCUGGAUGAGUCCAUCAAAAAAGAGGAGGAAAUGUAUAACAGCGAGAAGACGGGUUGUUCCACAGGUCUUUUUGACAACUUCACCCCAAGUACAGAGCCGACCCAGAGCUACCUGUGUGCCCCAGACCUCAUUCCAGCAACCAAGCAUCAGCCUAGUCGAGAUGACUUUGGUCUGAAUGCCAGCCCCCCCGUGCUCAGCCGCCAAGGCUCUCUGGCUUCCCCCUGCAGCCGGACCUCAUCUCUCAAUGAGGAGGAGGAUGACAUCCUUAAAGUCUCUCCAAAACUUCCUCUGAGCUCCCAGCCGUCCAUGGACAUGGGGGUAGGGAACACCAAUUACCGCCACAGUGACCUGGCCAAGCUUUACGGCCUGCCUGAGCAGACCAAAAGUGAGGCUGAUGAGGAGUCGGACGAGGACUCCGAGGCCCCAUCUUGUUCUCCACCACCGCAAAGACCCCACCUCCAUCAGACGGGGGUCAACAGCAUGUUCAAGUCACUGGCGUCUGUCUUGGAGAGCCAGAAGUACGCCUACCGAGGGGGGCCUUUCGGGAGGCCACCCCCAUCUGCUCUGGUUGGAGUCAAAUAUUCAUCCUCGUUGUCUUUGGGCCCUGAUAUUUGCCGGCAGCAUCACGGCAGUUCUCCCACUUCAGAUUCAACCAAUCCACCACUGAGCCCCUCUGUCCCUUCCCUGAGGUCGUCCCCUCACUCAUCACUGGAGGACAAAAAAAUUAAAACAGAAGACAGCGAUGUGUGGACUGACGAGGGAGAGACGGAUGAAACCAACUCAUUCAAAGAUAAAAACAUUCCAACCAUAAAGCCAAUUAAGUUAAUCAAAGGGGGCCAAGAGCUGACGACCAUCUCUGAAUCUUCUCUGAAAGAGCUGGGAAAGAGCUGUGAGGUCAUGCUUAGUCGUCAGGAGCUCCAUCAGUCCGACAGCCGUGGUAAAGCCCUGGAUGCACACAAACCUAAGAAAGCAAAGGAGCACAAAGAGAAGCGGAGGAAGCAUGGCCAUAGCAGCAGGAGGCACGACGACAAGAAAGAGAGGAAGAAGCACCGAGACAAGAGAGAUGACCUCUCCUCUUCGUCUUUGUCCUCCACCCAUUCCAGCUCGAGCCACAAGCGGCACAAAGACGGCAAGAGCCAUAAAGACAGAAAGGACCGCAGAAUCCUGGGUGACCUGGAUCUCCAGUGGCGGGACUCAGAGAAGGACAGAAGUCAUCAUGGGAUGGAUAAGAAAAAGCGGAGAGAUGCCUCUGGCGCCACCAGUGAAGGGGAGCACGCAGAAUGGACCUCGAGCUCCGAGGACAGAUCCUCUGAGCAUAAGAAUAGCCACGACUCCGGGUCCUCAUUAGGGUCCAUGGACUUCUUGAAACUAAAAGCGCUGUCGGACGGGCCACCCAAGGAACUGAAAAUUCGUCUGAUCAAAGUGGAGAGCGGGGACAGGGAGACAUUCAUCGCCUCGGAGGUGGAGGAGAAGAGGAUUCCACUGGAGGAAAUCAGCAUCAAGAACAGUGCGGGUGAAAUUAUCCGCUCCUGCAAGGGGGCUCGAAUGAAAGGGAAAUUCAAAGAGUCUUACCUGCUGCCUGCCUUCUCUGUGAAACCCGUCAUAACCACAGAAGAACAGGUGCCCAGAGAAAGGCUCAACCCUCCCACGCCCAGCAUCUAUCUGGAGAGCAAGAGGGACGCCUUCUCACCAGUCCUGCUGCAGUUCUGUACGGACCCCAAGAACCCCGUUACUGUCAUCAGAGGACUGGCCGGCUCUCUGCGGCUGAACUUGGGGCUGUUUUCUACCAAAUCUCUGGUGGAGGCGAACGCAGAACAGGCGGUGGAGGUGAGAACUCAAGUUCAGCAGCCCGCCGAUGAGAACUGGGACCCCAGCGGCACCGGUCAGACAUGGCCCUGUGAAAGCAGCCGCUCCUACACCACCAUCGCAAAGUAUGCCCAGUACCAGGCCUCCAGCUUCCAGGAGAGUCUACAGGAAGAGAAAGGCAGUGACGAGGAGGAGGAUGAAGAUGAGAAGAAGGCCCUCACUGGUGCUGAAACCAACAAGGACGUUUCGAAAGAAAGCUGCAACGGUGAGCAAAAGGCAGUUGGAAAAAUCAUCAAAUUUGGAACCAACAUUGACCUCUCCGACCCCAAGAGGUGGAAGCCCCAGCUGCAGGAGUUGCAGAAGCUUCCAGCCUUCAUGCGUGUAGCGUCCAGUGGAAACAUGCUGAGCCAUGUCGGACACACCAUCUUAGGCAUGAACACUGUCCAGCUUUACAUGAAGGUUCCAGGGAGCCGGACCCCAGGUCACCAAGAGAACAACAACUUUUGCUCAGUGAACAUCAACAUUGGGCCGGGAGACUGCGAGUGGUUCUCUGUGCAUGAAAACUACUGGGGGGCAAUCAAUGACUUUUGUGAAAAGCAUGGAGUGGACUACUUGACAGGGUCCUGGUGGCCCGUGUUGGAAGACCUGUACAAUGCUAAAAUCCCAGUGUACCGCUUCAUCCAGCGGCCUGGAGACCUGGUGUGGAUCAACGCCGGCACCGUUCACUGGGUUCAGGCCGUUGGCUGGUGCAACAACAUUGCCUGGAAUGUUGGGCCACUCAACGGGUACCAGUAUCAACUAGCCUUGGAGAGAUUUGAGUGGAAUGAAGUGAAGAAGGUCAAGUCCAUUGUUCCUAUGAUUCAUGUGUCCUGGAAUGUGGCCCGCACUCUGAAAAUCAGUGACCCUGACACCUACAAGAUGAUCAAACACUGCCUGCUGCAGUCCAUGAAGCACAUCCAGAUCCUUCGGGACCAGCUGGUGGCUGAAGGCAAAAAGAUCUCCUAUCAGAGUCGGGUUAAAGAUGAGCCUGCAUACUACUGCAAUGAGUGUGACGUGGAGGUGUUCGAUCUGCUGUUUGUGACCAGUGAGAGCAGCAGCAGGAAGACGUAUGUGGUUCACUGUGAGGACUGUGCGCGGCGGCGCAGCCCCAGCCUGAACAACGUGGUGGUGCUGGAGCAGUACCGCACCGAGGAGCUGAUGAGCACCUACGACACCUUCAGCCUGCAGGCCGCCUCCCGGUGACACAACCCCCCGCCUGCUCAGCCAUAACCAAAACUCCUGCAAGCUAGGACUAAAAGACCGUUUUCUAUUUGGUUUUCCAACUUGUUCAUUAUUUACCACAUUCAUAUUUCCUACUGCUAAGACUUGCCGAACAGCCAGUUGAAUAUGUUUACUCAUUAUUACUGUUUACAAAAAGAAAACCCAAGCCGCCAAUAAAAUGCCAGUUUACUCUCAGAUGGUGCUUGAAGCAGAAACCCUAGCAAAGAGGCAGCGCGUGCUGCCGCUGAACAAACUGCGGAGGCUAGUUGAUGGUUUCAGUGGCGUGUUUUUGUUGUCUUGAAUACUGAAAUGUGUACAUGCUGUUUGAAAUGUUUGUGGGAUGCUGUCUUUUUUUAAAAAUAAUUUAUUGUUUUUUGUUCGGUUUUUUUUGUGUUUUUUUUCUAAAACUAGAUCAGCCUAGAUAUAUACCACAUUGGCCUUGUAUUUAGAAAAGAGAGAAAGAAAAUACUAAUAAUAGAGAUUUUUCUAAAGCAUUAAGAAUUUUUUAAAAGUACAGUUGUUUGGAAUGCUUCAAAAGAUACGGGUUUUAGCAACUGGUUGGUUGUUUUUUGGGGGGUUUGUUUUUCAGAAGCUUUGUAACUGUUGUAAAUCUUGUUUUUUUUAUUAAUUCUACUUUUAUUUUCUCUGGCGAUUGCUAUUCAAUUGUCACCGAUCAGGUCUUUUUGGUUAAUUUCUUCCCUUUCUGUAUGAACUUUUUUCUAAAAAAAACAAAAGUCAUUGUCAUCUGGUGUGUGUGUUGUACUUCUGUUUUGUUCAUUAUGCAGAUGCUUUUCCUGGAUUUGUUUUCUCUUUUCAUAUUGUACAAUUAAUUUAAAAUGUUUUCUCUAUUUAUUGGAUAUAGCUGUUUUCCCCUUUAUAUAGGGUUGUACAAUUUUGCUUUGCUUUGAUUUUCCUUUAUCUUUUACAGUGACUUAUACAUUUGUGGGAGUGGAGGCUGCUGUGUUCCUGGUGCUUGCCUUUCCACUCCUGCAUUUUCCCUCAUUAUAUAUAUUUAAUUAAAUCUUUAUCUUGAAUAUAACAUCACUUUCAAUGUAGACGAUAGCCGCACCGCUCACGUAGAGAAGAUGACUAACGGAAUGCUGUUUGUAUGCUCAUAAAGAAAAAAAAAAACAGACUUUUUUCCAAAGUGUUUUUUUUACUAUGUAGGGGCUUUUAGAUGAGAUUUUUAUAUCUGUUGAAUAUGAUAAUGGGAUAGAUGGUGCUAAAUGUUCUCUUUGAACAACUUUUUUUCUUUCUGUCCUCUUAAAAUAAGAAUUCUAUUUUUUCCUGUUGCAAUAUUACCGUACACUUUUCCUUCUCUUUGUGGUCAUUUAUUUAUAACUGCACUGUUUAGAGAAUUUACAUGGACAUACUUGCAGACACACACAUGCACACACCAAACUGAGCCAGACAUGUCUUAAACACUUGUGAAUUUGUGUGAUAUUACUAUGACUAUUAAUAAACGCUUUGAUAAAUCUAGA